AUGUCCUCAUCCUACGCCUCCUCUUCUAAACCCAAAAGAAGAAAUUCCAUACCUGAUAAAUUUAUCGAUAGAGACCAAGUUGAGGACUAUGGUCAAAUGUCAAAAAGUACUGGUUCUGUAAACACGAGUAAUUUAAAUUAUCAGGAACCAGUCCACUAUGAUAACAAAGGCACUGUCUUUUCCUCCUCUGCUGUUGCUACUACUACUUCUUCUGGUAAAAGUAGUUCUUCGGGACACUUGCCUGGUCAACAAGACUUUGCAGAAAAGUGUCAAGCUGUUCAAGGUCUUUUGACUGGCACCAAAACAGUCUUGGAGAAUCUUCGUGAAACUAACAAUGCCCGUUUUGUUAUUCAGUAUCCAUUUCUUUAUUCAAACGAAAACCGUAAGCCGGAGCGUACUCAGUCUUUUUCUGGAAAAGCUCCUGUUCGUCGUGUUCAUAAGCGUACCAAUAGCCUUACCGGCACUUUUAACCUGCCACAGAUAUCUAAUUUUCAACUAGAAAUACAACACCGACUUCUUACUCCUGAAGAUGCUCAAGAAUCUAAUUCGAGUGUCAAUGUGCUUAAAUUGGAUAUGAAAUCAGCCGAGAUGUCUGCCAUCAAGAAAGAUUCGAUUGCUGAGCUGCUCAACGUACAAAUCGGCAAAACCUUAAAUCAUCUCCAAAAUCUGAGCGCACGAAUAGCCGAUAAAAGUUCAAAAGUAUUGGUCGCUGGUGAUUUGAAUGCCGGGAAAAGUACCUUUGUCAAUGCUCUCCUCCGAAAAGGUAUUUUGCCGGUUGAUCAACAACCUUGUACCACUUUAUUCUGUGAGGUUUUAGAUGCUCGAGAAAAUGGAGGAAGAGAAGCGGUGCAUGGUAUUAAAGAUAUAAAAGCAUAUAAUGUCAACGACCCAACUACGUAUACCAUUAUCGAUUUCGAGCAUUUAGAGAGAGUCGUGUCGGAUAAUACGGAAGGAUACGCUCUUUUGAAGAUAUACUGUCAAGAUAAUCGACUUUCCCAUGAAAGCUUAUUACACAAUGGAGUUGUGGAUAUUGCAUUGAUCGAUUGCCCUGGCUUGAAUUCUGACUCUCUUAAGACGAUGGCUGUAUUUGCGAGGCAGGAAGAAAUUGAUGUUAUAGUAUUUGUCGUUAGUGCUGAAAAUCACUUUACAUUAUCGGCAAACCAAUUUUUGUGGAAUGCAUCCAACGAAAAGGCGUAUCUAUUUAUUGUCGUAAAUAAAUUCGACGAGAUUAAAAACAAAGAAAAAUGUAGACGCAUGAUUCUGGAACAAAUUAAACAAAUCUCUCCACGCACCUUUGAAUAUCACGAUGAUCUUGUACACUUUGUCAGUUCUAAUGCCAUCAACGUGGACGGGAAUCCACCACACACAAAUCGCAUCCCCGAAGUUGAUCAUCUUGAAGAGAGCUUGCGUACUUUUGUUCUAAAGAAACGAUCAAAAUCUAAAUUGGCACCAGCAGGGCAUUAUUUACAUAAUCUCUUAUAUGACAUUGGGGUUCUCGCUGAAUUUAAUCGUGAACUUGCUGCUAAAGAAUAUGAACAACUUACCCGGGAAUUGGAAGAAGGUGAACCUGCCUUCCGAAAAUUGCAACGAGAUGGAAGUCGUGUCGUGGAGGAAGCAGAGCGACUUUUAAAUGAAGAUUGUAGAUAUCAUGGCCUUUUGUAUGUGUGGAACUAUGCAAUGGAACUUCGUGACAGCAUGCUAGAAAAAAUUCAAAAUGAACUUAGUCAAUGUGAAUUAAGCGCCAAACAAGAAGUAUCUACUUGCAUCGAACAGAUUCAAGCAAUGCCCGUACAAAACAUUAGUAUCGAUCCGAUCGAUGCUAAACUUGAUAAAUAUUUCACCAAUAGAAAUAACAAUCCGAUUCAAAUUCAUAUCGAUCCAAGCGAUUUCUUCGACUUGAAUCUCGGUCUUGACUUGAAUCAUCGAAUGAAUGAAAACGUUGGAAUACUUGGCAUCUCUGGAGGUGCUCUUGUCAUGUUUGGAGGCAAGUUCUUGGGAUACAAUGUUAUGUCAAGUGUAUUAAAGAUCUCCAACGUAGUUGGUUUCAAUAAUAUGCGCAAAUUAGCUCUUCCUCUUAUUGGCUUAGCUGGUCUCGGUUUCUUUGUUUAUGUCGUGAGCGAUGCACGUAAUGCUGUCUCACGCAAUGUUGCUCGCAAGGUUCGUAGUCAUCUUACGCAAUCCAAUUAUGCUGAAUUCCAGGCACAUCGUAUUGCCUAUCACGGACGCAAAGCCACUCGUCGUUCAAUCAAUUAUUUACGAGAUUGCUUCCGACGAGCUAUUGAUGCCGAAGAACAAAAACGAAAAGAGCAGCGUGAAAAAGCGAAGGUUUCAGAUGAAUCUAAAUUCUACUUUGGUGGAGUGUUGUCAAAAGCUGAAGAGAUGUCCAAAGUCUUGGAGGUAUUGGGUAUUGACGUCGUGGAAGAUGAAAUAUUAGCAGUUCAUUAA